CAACAACAACAACAAAUGCAGCAACAACAACAACAAUCAUCGACAACAACAACAACAAAUUCUUCAAAUGAUUAUUAUUCACAAUUAUCAUUAAUGUGUAAAGAUUGUGUACAUUGUCAAUAUAUGUAUGAAUUGAUACAAGAACAACAACUGCAACAACAACAACUCUUACAACAACAACAACAACAAAAACAAAGAUUACCAACAGUUGAUGAAUAUGGUCGUACAAUAUCACCACAAUCGGAUACAAUUGAUGAUGAUUAUGAUGAUAAUGAUAAUUCACCAUCCGAUCAUUCAUCAUAUAAUGAUGGUGAUGAUAAUAAUAAUAAUAAUAAUGAUUUUGAUCAACAACAACAACAACCAAUAAUACGUAUACAGAAUUUGGAUGAAAAAAAUAUGCAAAAAAAAUUAUUAUUAUUAGAUCGUUCGGAAAGUAAUGGCUCAACAGCAGCCAUUCAAUUAGAAGCAAUGGAUGAAUUUGAUGUUGAUGAAUUUAUUGAACCAAUUGAAGGUUUACCAAUUGUAACAUUAUGUCCACCAGAAUUAUCAACAAUAAAUAGUGAUAGUGGUAGUGGUGGUGGUGGUAGUUGUAUUGAUGAUAAUAGUGUUGGCGGUGAUAUUAGUGGUAGUAGUGAUAAUAUUAAUGAUAAUAUCAGUGGUAACAGUGAUCAUAAUCAUAUUGUUGAUGAUGAAGAUGAUGAUAAUUGUUCAACAGGUAUAACUGUUGUAUCAUUAGAAGUACCAAUAUUGGGACAAAAUUCAUCGAAACAAUCACGUUCAGCAUCAGUUGAUUCACCAUAUCUACUACAGGUACCAAAACGUGAUGAUAUUGAAGUUGGUGAAGGACCACCAAAACCUCGAUCAAAAUCGGUUGAUAUUGUUUUACCAACAUGUCCUGGUGGUCCUUAUUUAUUAAUACCACCAAGACAUCCACCAACAACAACAAAAAAAACUGUACAAGGUGAGAUAAAAAUUCAGGCUGAAAAUGGUGAAACCAGAGUAUUACGUUCGGCACCCGAUUGGACGGAAUCGGCAAUACUUGGUGAUCAUAUUUGGGUAUCAACAUCAACAUCGGGCAGUGAUCUUUGUUAUGUUGGUGAAAAUAAAUGCACUAAAAUUGGACCAAGACUUUGUUGCCCAGCAUGUAAAGUAACAGCACAUACUGGUUGUAUAUCGAUAUUGAUUGAUAAUAUGAAAUUUCAAUGUAAACCAACAUUUAAAGAUGGUGUUCGUCAAUAUCGUGAGCAAACAUUUGUUAAACAUCAUUGGGUACAUCGUCGUCAUGAAAAAGGACGUUGUAAACAUUGUGGCCGUUCAUUUCAAUCAAAAUUAUCAUUCGGUAAUAAGGAAGUGGUUGCUGUUAGUUGUUCAUGGUGUAAAUCAUCAUAUCAUAAUAAAGAACCUUGUUUUACAAAAAAUAUGUUAGAAGAUAAUUGUGAUUUUGGUUUAUAUCGUCGUAUUAUUGUACCAUCAUCAUGGAUUGUUAAAUUACCAAGAAAGGGAUCAUUUAAAUCAUCAAUACGUCGUACACCACGUAAUAAACGUUUAUCAUCGAAAAAACGUUCAUCAAGUAAAUCAUCAUCAACAACAACACCAACAACUUCGAUAGCAACAACGACAACACCAUUGUCAACGAAUAAAUUAUCAUCAUCAUCACCGAUUCAUAGUGCCCAAAACAAUGUUAUUAAUCCUUUGAAUUCCAAUGGUCAAACAACAAUUCCAUCAGUAGCAGUGAAUAAUUUGAAUGUAAUUCCAAUCAAUGCACAGACAGUAGUGGCUGAAGAUUUUUAUCCACCACCACCACCACAAACACCGCAUCAAACGAUUCCAAAACCACCUCAUCAGCAACCACCACCAUCAUUAUCAUCAUUAUCAACAUUUUCAACAACAACAACAACACCACAAUCAUCAUCAUCAUCAGUUUCAUCAUUAUUACAAUCAUGUGCAUUGUUGAAUCAACAACCAUCUUUACAGCCAACAAUAAUACCAUUAUCAUCACCGAUUUUGAAUUCCAUUUCACAAUCGGCUUCAACAGAAGCAUCAUCUGCAACAACAACAACAACCAUUACUAACACUGUGAUGUCUGAUUCUUUUUUAUCCACAUCAUCAUCAUCAUCAUCACCACCGCCACCGUUACAGCCACCACCACCUUUACCACAAAAAGAACCACCAUUAGCAUCAUCCUCAUCGCAAUUACAAUCCACUAAACUUCAAUCGAUUAAUUCAUUUGAUAAUGAAUUGAAUUCCAUUAAUAAUUUAUCAUCGAUUAUCAUCAAUAAUAAUAAUAAUGAUGGUAAUGUUGUUGAUGAUAAUAAUCAACAAUCAUCAAUAUUGAAUAGUGAUAAUAUCUGUAAUAAUAAUGAUGAUUUGAAUGAAGAAUUACCAUUAUUAUCAUCAUCACCACCAUUAAAAUCAACAGCAAUAGCAACAACACCGAUCACUAUUUACACCCAAGUUACGAAUAGCAAUAAUUCUUCUGCAAAUCAAAAUUCUAAUUCAAAUCCAAAUCGUAUUCAAAGACAUCGUCGUCAUAGUCAUGCAAAUGUAACAUCAUCAUCAUCAUCUAUUUUGAAUGGUUCACAAAUACCAGGACAAACAAAUCUUUUAUCUGGUCAUCAUCAUCAUCAUCCAACAAAUUCAAUUGCUGUUGUUAAUAAUCGUGUUGAACAAUAUUUACAACAUGUACAUCGAUCGUUUGUAAUCAAACCAAUACCAUCGGCAAAUCUUCGUCCAUUAUUAGUGUUUAUUAAUCCAAAAUCCGGUGGUAAUCAAGGUUCAAAAUUAAUACAAAAAUUUCAAUGGCAUCUGAAUCCAAGACAAGUAUUUGAUUUAAGUCAAAGUGGACCAAGAUUAGGACUGGAUUUAUAUAAAAAAGUACAUAAUUUACGUAUUUUAGCAUGUGGUGGUGAUGGUACGGCUGGUUGGAUAUUAUCUGUUAUCGAUGAAAUUGCCAUUCAACCACCACCACCAAUUUCGGUAUUACCACUUGGUACUGGUAAUGAUUUAGCACGUUCAUUUGGUUGGGGUGGUUCAUAUACGGAUGAACCAAUUGCAAAAAUUCUUUGCAAUAUUCAAGAUGGACAAAUUGUACAAUUAGAUCGUUGGAAUUUAAAAGUACAACCAAAUCAAUCAUGUCAACAACAACAAUCACAACAAUUAUUAGAUGAAAAUAAAGGUGCAAAACAUAAUCUACCAUUGGAUGUUGUUAAUAAUUAUUUUUCAAUCGGUGUUGAUGCACAUAUUGCAUUAAGUUUUCAUGAAGCACGUGAAGCACAUCCAGAACGUUUUAAUUCACGUUUACGAAAUAAAAUGUUUUAUGGACAAGCUGGUGGUAAAGAUCUAUUGCAACGUAAAUGGAAAGAUUUAUGUAAUUAUGUACAUUUAGAAUGUGAUGGUAAAGAUUAUACUGGUCGUUUAAAAGAACUUAAAGUACAUUCGGUUUUAUUUCUUAAUAUACCAAGCUACGGUGGUGGUACACGACCAUGGCCAACAUCAUCUGCACCAUCCAAUUUUCAAACACCAAAAACUGAUGAUGGUUAUAUCGAAGUGAUCGGAUUGACUACAUAUCAAUUGCCAUUAUUACAAGCUGGUGGACAUGGAACAAUAAUUGCACAAUGUCGUAAUGCAAAUAUUAUUACCUGGCGUACAAUACCGAUGCAAGUUGAUGGUGAACCAUGUCGUUUAUUACCAUCAAUUAUUAAUUUAGAAUUACGUAAUAAAGCAAAUAUUGUUGCCAAUACAAAAACAUUUGAACAUAAACGACAAAUGCCUGCAUUGGAAAAAAUAACAUUAAAAAUACGUAAAUUAAAUCUAAAUGAUUAUGAAACAUAUCAUUAUGAUAAGGAAAAAUUGAAAGAAAUUUCCACUGUACUUGGUACAAUAACUAUUGAUCAAAUAAUGGAAUUAAGUAAUGUACGAAUACGUAUUAAUGAAAUGAUGAAAGAAAAAGGAUUAAGACGUCCAUCAUCAGAUUUAACUGCUGUUGCUGCUGCUGCUGUUGGUAAUGUAACCCCAAUAACGGCUAUGUCGACUGGACAAUCAUCACAAUUGCCGACAUGUUUUGAAAAUGAAUCGUCACCGAAUGAAACAGCGUCAACGACAAACGCAACAUCGACGACGACGGCGACGUUGACAAAUAACCAUUCAUUAUCAUCAUGUGUUAAAUUUGUAUCGAAUGAUUGGUGUUUUGUUGAUUCCGUAACAGCUGAACGUUUUUUUCGUAUCGAUCGUGCACAAGAAGAACUUUAUUAUGUUGUUGAUAUUUGUCACGAGGAUUUAUUCAUACUGGAUCCACAAUUUGAUGAAAAAGAUGAUCUUGAUCUAUUUACAUCGGAAGAAGUAAUUGCAAAAGUUGUUGCCGGUGUUACAAGUACAUCAUCACCGCUUAAAUCAUCAUCAACAACAACAACGACAACAGCAGUAUCACCAAUGCGACCACCACCAUCAUCAUUGAUUAUGGCUAAUGGUGAUGAUCAACAACAAAUAUCUAGUCUUCCUAUUGAUCAUUUUAUCGAAAAUUUUGAUAAUAAUCAUCACUAUAGUCGUCAAAAUAGUCAAACCUUGGAUUUAAUACCACCAACAACGUUACAAACACCACCAAAAUCACCAUUAUCUGAUGAUAAUCAUAAUAAUAAUAAUGAUUAUUUGGAUAAUGAACCAUAUUAUAAACAGAUGCGUAAAUUGGAUAAAUUUAAUACAGAUAAUUUAGAUACAAAAAUAUCACCUUGUAAACAGAAUGGUAAUACAUUAUCAUCAACAUCAAUGUUAUUAUCAUUAUCACCAACAAUCAAUCAACAAUCAUCACCAGCGAUCAUUGAUUCACCACCAAAAUCACCAAGACGUCGAAAUCGGCCAUCAAUUUUAUCAUCAUCAACAACAUCACCAUCAAAAUCACCACAAACAAUAAAUCGUCGUCCAUUAUUAAAUCAAUUAAUGUUAGCAGCACGUAAUGGUGAUAUAACAUUAUUAAAACAUUUGCAUCAUAAAGGUGUUAACUUGAUGUUAAUCGAUGAAAAAGGAAUGUCUGCAUUACAUUAUGCCGUACUAAAUAAUCAAGAUGAAGCUGUUUCAUUUUUAUCAAAUGCAUUUACACAACAAAUGAUUGAUCUAUGUGAACCUGAAUUUGGUCAUACUGCAUUACAUAAAGCUAUUAUUAAUAAUAAAAAUAAUAUUUGUUUAUCAUUAAUAUUACGUGGUGCAAGAUUAGAUAUUCCGGAUAAUAAUGGACAAAAUUGUGAACAAUUAGGUUAUAAUCUUGGUCAUCAUGAUUUAAUUAAAACACUUUUACAUGUAUCACAAGCUUGUAACCGUGAGACUUCAGUUUGACUUCAGAAAACCUACGUCCAAUUUUCAAUAUAAUCAAGUCAAGACCUAAAUGAAUAAUGUCAACCGAUACAACAACAACAAAAAAUAACCGGAUUCUUUG